CUGAAAAUCGCGCCAGAAUUUGAGUUUCACGGCUGCAUGCGCCUUGAGCGGUUUUGCAUCAAUCGUAAGCGAAGUUACAAAUGAAACAUUGGGCGAGCUCAUUCGUGUGUGGGGGGCGUCCGACCCAACACAAAAAUGAUUUUACACUAAAAUUCUUGAAAUAACGCAAAAAUACGUUUCGCAUCGUUGCGUCGUGUGUUAAUUCGAUGUUCUGAGUUUUUGGUUGGGUCGUGUCACUAAUAAAAUUUAAACAUCGAAUGAUUACCUUACCUGGCCGGACCGAUCCAUGAUGAAUGAGCUCGCCCAAACAAGCUUCUGAGAUUUUCAAGCAGCCAGUCGCCAAUCGGUCAUCGUUCUGGGUAGUUCGUAACAGAAUGUAUCAGAAUUUUCAUUUGGAGAAUUCAUGUGUAAAGUUGUUUUUUCCUGGUGCAAAUCUGAAAUAUAAGUUAGAAUAUUGCAUUGUGCUGUUUGGAGAUUUACAAUUUGGACGGGUACCCUCAAAAGAGGCUUCUAUGAGCCGCCUCAAUGUAAUUUGAAAUGAAACGGACGCGUGUGGAUGAGACAUUGAAGGAAGGAAGUGGACCAUCGCUAUCGGGUAGCAUAUACGGACAGCCUUUACAAAACUCAUCGCCAUUGUCAUAUUCGUCAAGCGGUGGCAGUACAGUGAAAGUGGUCAGUGAAGGUAUGCAAUCGAGACUAUUGCCGCCGUCGGCACCAGUAAGCUACGGCCCGAUGCCGACCGCAACUGCGAGCCACGCGGGUAAGCCGCAAGCCAUGCAGUCUAUAUCUGUGGGCAGCGCCCAUUCGCAACUACGAAAUUCAUCAGGUGGCCCUAGUCCGCAGCUCAGCGAUUCACCACAAUCGCAACAGAGCCAAUCUCCCGGGGGUGGCGGGGGUAAUUUUCAACGACUCAAAGUCGAAGACGCUCUGUCGUAUUUAGAUUUGGUUAAAUUUAAAUUUGGUACCAAGCCACAAGUUUACAACGACUUUUUAGACAUCAUGAAGGAGUUCAAGAGUCAGAGCAUCGACACGCCCGGUGUGAUACAACGCGUGUCAAAUCUUUUUAAGGGUUUUCCUGAAUUAAUUGUCGGUUUUAAUACGUUUCUGCCGCCCGGUUACAAGAUCGAAGUGCAACGCAGUGAUCAGGGGUAUGCGUUCCAGGUCUCAGUCAGCAUGCCAAGUCCCACAGGUACCAUGAAUUCAGAUCCGCAACAGCAAAAAUCAGCAAUGAUCCUUACAGGCGGUGGCACGAUAAACAUGUCGGGAGGUGGCGGACCGGUCUCCGUUCCACCGCCUCCGUCCAAUUCAGCGCCGGCCGCCGCUGCUGCUGCUGCCGCCGCCGUCGCACAACCGCAGCCGCUCGCAUUGCCGCCGCAACACGUGCAGACCGCCACCAUAACACCGCAACCGGCACCGACGCCGGUCGCUCCAGUCGUGCACCAUACGCCGGCUCCCGCAGCUAGCGCAUAUGGAGGAAGUACUGGUAACGCACCCCCAUACAACACACUAUCGCUGUCGGCCGCGCAGGCCGCAGUCAACCACGCCCUGCACGGCGGCCACACGGACGCCCCACAAAAUCAACCCGUCGAAUUUAAUCACGCAAUCAACUAUGUUAACAAAAUCAAGAACCGCUUUCAAGGCCAGCCAGAGAAGUACAAAAGGUUCCUGGAGAUCCUGCACACGUACCAAAAGGAGCAGCGCACACUGAAAGACGGUUCGACAGUUGGCACGGGAGGUCAGCAUCUGACCGAAAAGGAGGUCUACAGCCAGGUGGCGAAGCUGUUCGAGAAUCAAAGCGAUUUACUGACCGAGUUCGGUCAGUUCCUGCCCGACGCCACGAGUCACAUAAACCAACAACCCACGUCGGAGCAUCCCUUGCCGCUAAAGAAGCCGCAGAACAAGCCGUACAGGGAGCACAUCGUCGACCGACAUCUCAGUCACAAACAGUCCAGUCACAUCAUAAUUCAGGAGAGGAAACGGUCGCCGCCGUAUCCGAAUGUGUUGCACCGCGACGCGCCGCCCCCCAAAAAACACAAGCUGUCGACUUCGUGCCGCGACGUGACGCUCAGCGAGGCCGGCAAGUAUGGUACGCUGAACGACUACGCGUUCUUCGACAAAGUGCGGAAGGCGAUGCGCGCGCCCGAAGUAUACAAUAACUUUUUGCGUUGUUUGACGCUGUUCAAUCAGGAGAUCAUCUCGAAAUCUGAAUUGAAUCAGUUGGUGGUGCCGUUUUUGGGUAAGUUUCCCGAAUUGUUGCGGUGGUUUCGCGAGUUCCUCGGACAAAACGACGUCGAAGCGAUACCGUACAACGCGUGCAGGACAGAUCGACCCACGGGCGAUCACGCCUUGGAAAUCGAUUUGGCGACGGCCAAACGUCUGGGCGCCAGUUAUUGCAUUAUUCCCAAAGCACAGGAAGGACUGAAGUGUUCGGGUAGGACGCAGUUGUGUAAAGACGUGCUCAACGACCAGUGGGUGUCGUUCCCCACCUGGUCAGAGGACAGCACAUUCGUGAGUUCCAGGAAGACGCAGUACGAAGAGUACAUGUACCGAUGUGAGGACGAACGGUUCGAGUUGGAUGUCGUGAUCGAAACGAACGCGUCCACGAUCCGGGUGUUGGAGGGUGUAAAUAAGAAACUGAGCAGGAUGAGUUCGGACGAGGUGGCCAGGUACAAAUUGGACGACUCGUUAGGCGGUCAGUCUCAGACGCAGCAUCAGCGGGCGCUUAAACGUAUUUACGGGGACAAGGCGCAAGACAUUAUCGAUGGUCUGAAGAGGAACCCCUCGAUUGCGGUGCCAGUGGUGCUGCGGCGUCUUAAGGCCAAGGAAGAAGAAUGGCGGGAGGCCCAGAAAGGUUUUAACAAAAUCUGGCGGGAACAGAACGAGAAGUAUUACCUUAAGAGUCUAGACCAUCAGGGAAUCAACUUUAAGCAGACGGACGUCAAGGCUCUCAGGUCCAAGAGUUUGUUCAACGAAAUUGAAACCAUUUUUGAUGAGCGACACGAGCAAAAUGAAGACGGUGUGGAACCCAUCGUAGGACCACACAUGGUGUUAGUUUACAAGGAUCGUACUAUACUAGAUGAUGCGUCGAAUUUGCUAAUCCAUCAUCUGAAACGCCAGACCGGCAUACAGAAGGGCGAGAAGAGGCGGAUAAAGCAUUUACUUCGUCAGUUCCUUCCCGAUCUGUUCUUCCACCCUCGUCAACAAUUGAGUGACGACGAACGAGAGGAUGACGAAGAAAAAGAAGACUGUGAUGAUAGUUCUGAUAAUAGCCCGCGUGGCGAUAGCAAAAUCAAGGUUGAAAAUAUCAGUCCUGGUAAAUCACCAGGUCGCUGUGAUGGAGACAAUGUAGACGUUAAAUCAGAAGAUCAGAGAGAUGUCGAUGUUAAAGUGCCUUUACACGCUCGAGUAUCUGAUCCUGAGGAAUGUUACACUCUUUUCAUGGCCAACAACAACUGGUACAUUUUCUUGAGAUUGCACGCCAUUCUUUGUGAAAGGUUGGCGAAAAUCUACGAGCGGGCGGUGAUAUUAGUGUCCGAAGAAGUUAAUUCGAAAGGAUCUAGGAAGGAAAGCACUGCGGUGGCACUCAGAUUGAAGCCCAAGCCGCAGAUCGAGGUGGAGGCGUACUAUCCAGCAUUUUUGGACAUGGUGAAAAACCUCCUUGACGGCAACAUGGAGGCCAACACUUACGAAGACACGCUCCGGGAAAUGUUCGGGAUUCACGCUUACAUCGCGUUCACUUUAGAUAAAGUGGUGUCUUACGCGGUUAGACAGUUGCAACACUGUGUGACAGAACGAACGGCCAUCGCAUGUACGGACUUGUUCCUCAAGGAAUACAAGCGUGGUGCGGCUGGAGGAUUGUGUGCGACGGCUUACAAACGCUCAUUCCUCGAACUGGGGUACCAGAGGGCGGCCGAGAAGGCCGUCCAGGAGGAGAACUGCUUCAAGAUCUACAUUUACAAGAAGGACUGUCGCAUGACCAUCGAACUGUUAGACACGGAGCCGGAAGACCAAAGCAAAAAGGUCGAGGACGCGAAGAAGUGGAGCGAGUACAAGGAGGCUUACACGGACAUCACCAACACCGAUUGCAAGGCCAGAUCGCCGGUUUACCUCAAUCGUAACAUACAGGUCAAGAAGGAGACGUCGGAGAGUCCGCCGAACAGAGAACGCGGUCAACGCAAAAAUGCGUCCAGCGAUUGCAACGAUCGUUCCAAAGAUGACAAACGCGGCUCCAGCAAGACGGACGAGAACGACUACAGCAUAUUCGACGAGCUGGAGAGGAAGCUGAAUGAGCGCGCGUCACCUGAACGCAACCAGACGAAACAUCCUGGUUACGUGGUGUCCGACGACACCGAGUGUAACUUCAAUGUGAACAACUCAAAAAUCGCGUUUACAUACAACAAAGACAGUUACAUCUAUAAAAUGAGUGCCUUUAGUAGAGCUAGAAAGUCCCAUCCAUCCAUCACCAAGCGGAAAGCGGCCCGUUUCCGGAGCUGGCUCAAGGAAUGGACCGCCGAACACGUGACAGAUAGCCAACACAAACACUGUGUGGAUUGGUUGAUGGGCCGUUGCGAGGGCGUCGUACCGAACAAGACCCGCGUAGUAACCGACAACGAUCUCUCGCGCACCCCCUACGCACCGUACAACAGGUACCGCGUGCGUCUGAGCAGCGCCGACGGUCACAGCGACUCGACAUGAGACGCGGUCCGCGGACGUCGCCGCAACUCAUAAAAACUCGCAACAGGUCGAACAGGAUGCUAUUCUAACAAUCACGGCUAACGGUCCGAUGGUUAUUCGUACCGCAGGCAACGGACGACGUUCAGUUUCUAUAAGAUAAAUCAUAGUGUACCCCCUAAGGAAACUUCGAAACGUUAGGUGUUCCUUGGAAAGGCCAUCGACGAGUGUUUUUGUUAUUGAGGGUUUAUUCGAGCGAUUGAGCCUCUCGUUUAAUUCGAUCUCCUAAUUUAUAUUGAGGUGAGUUUUUUUCGGUGUGGGGGACUUUUUGGCCGGAGACACUAAUCAGACAUUGCAUUGGUGGCUUCCAAGGUAAUAUUUUAAUUAUAUAAUCGACAAGAAGUCCAGCUUUCUGUGUAUAAUUUUUAAGGGAUGUACAGUUUUACAAUUUUAUUUAUAUACAUUUGUGUUUUAUUAAACAUUUUUUUUAUUUUAUUUUAAAAUACAUUUUACUUUGUGACAUAUUUUAAUUUUAUAUGUAAAAAUAUACCCUAAAAAAUAUGCAUGGAAUUAUCACACGAAAAAAACUACGUUGUUUAUUGUUUAUACAUCUUUCUACGACAAAAUGUUACUAAAAUAUAUUUGUUGCGCACAACUUAUUUGUUUUUUUUUUCUUUUAUGACAUAAAACUAUGAUAUUUCAUACAGUAGAAACCCUUGAAGUGAUAUAAACCUUUUUUUAUAUGAUUUCAGACCCUAGUGGUGUACUUGUUUUGUACAGAUGUUUUAAAUCAGUUUAAAGGAGCAAUAUCAUUUAUAUUUGUUUUUAACUGUUAUAUAUUUUUAUGAGGAUUGUUCAGAAUAUUCAAAGUUUACAGUUACUAUGUUCUUCGGUUAUCCAUUGUAUUUAAUUAGUGAAUUUUUUAUUUAUUUAAAUUAUAAAAUGUAUGUUGUUGAAUGGAUAAAACAAAACUUUGAGUAUUUUGAACUUGUUUAUGGACAAUACUUUGUUUUAUUUAUUUACAAUAACAUCUUUUAUUUAUAGUACAAACUUCUUAGGACGUACGUUUUGUAAUGCUUUAAUUAACAAAGUUGUCGAUCCCUAAAUUAUUUUUCCUGGUCAUCAAGUUUCUCUAAAUGUUUUUAUUUAAAUUUUGUAUCCCGUAUUUAUUUAAUGUUGACAUAUCAUUUAUGCGGAGUUACAGUACUAAUUGAAAAUAUUCGAUCUAUCGUGUUGCGGUUUAAUGAAAAUUUUACAAAAUUUGAGAGUGGUUGCUGCGCUUCCAGUUUUCAAUUUUCGUUGAAUAAUGACCUCAGGAGGCAUCCAAAUUUAAACCUAGAUAGAAAAAGUACAAAAUAUAUAUUUUUAUAUCAAAUGUAAAUUAUUUUGUGUUUGUAAAGAUAUGUCAGCAUUCUACAUCGCCAUCCAUGUAAAUAUUGAUAAAUAGCAAUAAUGAGAAAAUAACCAAAGCAGUGCACAUAAUUUUAUAUAGUAUAAAACAUUCCAUUUUAUACGAAGGUACCAAUGUUGACUUAAAGUAAGAUUUAUUUGGUUAUUUUCGCAUUAAGAACUCCUCACUUUUAAUUAUUGUAAAAAUAUUUGUAUAGAUUAUAUUGAAAGUGAGAUAAGAUGAUGUACACAUAAUUAAAAUUUUAAAUGAAAUGUACGCAGUACAUACAGAUUUAUAAAAGAAUUCUUAUAGAA